AUGACGGAAAAAGCGUUCCGGGAGUCAGCUUCAGCAGUGGACCUCCUCGCCUCGCGUGAGCUAAAGAGCAUUGGAGUGGAAGAAACACCCGCAAUUGCCCUGAAAUACCCGGGAGCCGGCAGGCAUGGACAGGCAAGUGGGGGUCAGGUCUCCAGCAAAGAAAGCGUGAAGCAGACAGCAGAGAUUCUGCUGUCCCUGUCACCCGCUGAAGUUGCCACCCUGAAGGAAGGAAUCAAUUUCUUUGGAAACAAGAGCACUGGCAAAGAGUACAUCUUAUUCAAGCACAAGGACCACGUGAAGGCGUGCAAGAAUCUGUGCAAGCACCAAGGGGGGCUGUUCAUACGCGACAUCGAGGACGUGGACGGAAGGUCUGUGAAAUGCACGAAACACAACUGGAAGUUAGACGUGAGCACCAUGAAGUACGUCAACCCUCCAGGAAGCUUCUGCCAGGAUGAGCUAGUUGUCGAAAUGGAUGGAGACAAUGGGCUUUUACUUCUAGAACUGAACCCACCUAACCCCUGGGAUUCUGAUCCCAGGUCCCCUGAAGAGUUGGCUUUUGGAGAAGUACAGAUAACAUAUCUCACUCACGCCUGCAUGGACCUCAAGUUGGGAGACAAGAGGAUGGUGUUUGACCCUUGGUUAAUCGGUCCUGCCUUUGCCCGAGGAUGGUGGUUGCUACACGAACCCCCACCUGACUGGCUGGAGAGGCUGUGCAAAGCAGACCUAAUCUACAUCAGUCACAUGCACUCAGACCACCUGAGUUACCCUACUCUCAAGAAGCUUUCAGAGAGGAGAACAGACAUCCCCAUUUAUGUCGGCGACACAGAGAGACCUGUGUUCUGGAACCUGGAUCAGAGUGGUGUCCAGUUAACUAACAUCAAUGUGGUGCCAUUUGGGGUGUGGCAACAGGUCGACAAGAACCUUCGAUUCAUGAUCCUGAUGGAUGGCGUUCACCCGGAAAUGGACACGUGCAUCAUCGUGGAGUACAAAGGUCAUAAGAUAAUGAACACAGUGGACUGCACCAGACCCAACGGGGGGAGGCUGCCUGAGAAAGCUGCUCUAAUGAUGAGUGAUUUUGCUGGAGGAGCGUCAGGCUUUCCAAUGACUUUCAGUGGUGGAAAAUUUACCGAGGAAUGGAAAGCCCAGUUCAUUAAGUCGGAGAGGAGAAAACUUCUGAACUACAAAGCUCAGCUGGUGAAGGACCUGCAGCCCCGGAUCUACUGCCCUUUUGCUGGCUACUUUGUGGAAUCCCACCCGUCUGACAAGUAUAUUAAAGACACAAACAUCAAAAAUGACCCCAGUCAACUCAACAAUCUCAUCAAGAAAAACUCUGAUGUGGUAACAUGGACCCCACGGCCUGGAGCGACGUUGGACCUGGGCAGGAUGUUAAAGGACCCGGCAGACAGCAAGGGCAUUGUGGAGCCUCCAGAAGGGACAAAAAUUUACAAGGAUUCCUGGGACUUCGAGCCGUACCUGAACACCUUGAAAGCUGCUGUGGGAGACAAGAUCUUCCUCAACUCAUCCUGGAUAAGAGAAUACUUCACGUGGGCUGGAUUUAAGGAUUACAACUUGGUCAUCAGGAUGAUUGAGACAGAUGAAGACUUCAAACCUUUCCCUGGAGGAUACGACUAUUUGGUUGACUUUCUAGAUUUAUCCUUUCCUAACGAAAGACCAAGCCGGGAACACGCCUAUGAGGAAAUCCGGAGCCGUGUGGAUGUCAUCAGGUACGUGGUGAAGAAUGGCUUGUUGUGGGAUGAUUUGUACAUUGGAUUCCAGACCCGGCUGCAGCGGGAUCCUGACAUAUACCAUCAUCUGUUUUGGAAUCAUUUUCAGAUAAAACUCCCCCUAACACCACCGAAUUGGGGGUCAUUCUUGAUGCACUGUGGUUAGAGAGCACCUGGGAUGUGCAGAGAUGCCCAACAACACUGAAAACUCUAGAACGUAUCCCUUCAUCUUGAACACAACAGUUUAUACCAAAGAGACUGUGUUUUACAGCAGCAGACUCCUACACUACACGCUGCAUUCCAGAGAUGCCCACUUCCUUCUGUGAAUCCCUACAUAGACUGACUCAAAACAGCUUUGCUGGGGCUGGAGAUGCGACUCAGUGGUAGAGCCUGUGCUUAGAAUGUGUAUGAGUCUGGGUUUCAUCUCCAGCACCCCGCAAGUUUAUCCCACCCACACUUCUCUAUAAGAAGAACCAAGGAAAACCAGCAGGAACAAGCUCUGUGUGGACCACGAAGUCACAUGGAAGGAGAUGUGAAUCCAAGCUUAGAAAUGGAAAGAGGAAGAGUUUGGAGAAUGAAGAGACAGAAGGAAAGGGGUGGGGGAAGGGAUGGAGAGGCAGAGGGAAGAGGAAGGAGAAGCAGGUGAAGGAGCGAGCAGAAGAAAAUAGGAAGGAGAAAGGGCUAAGCAGGGUCGGAGAGGAGGAGCAGUAGCAGGUCUUUUGUUCCUUAAUAAGGUGAUUCCACAAACAGUGCUGGGGAUUCCCUAGAGUAAGAAAGUUCCUGAGUUGUGCUGGGUUUUCAGAAACUGUUGUUGGAAUCAUCUGUUCACCAAAACGGGGCCCCACAGGCUGAUCUAAAAGGAUGGAAAUGAUUCUGAGUCCAUUACAAACUUCAUUACUUAAAAAGCCUAUGAAUUUUAGCAGUUAGGUGGAUUUUGAUCAAGAGAAAACAGGAACACUAAAUAAUUUACAGAGGAUAAAAAUCGACAGAAAAUUAAGACAACCCCACAAACAAAAAGCCCUUUUCCAAACUUCUAAAGUCAUUGUUCCAAUGACUAAAUGAGGCAAAUCAUUGUCAUGUGUGUUUUCAUGAUGCCUAUUUUUAAAAAUAUAUAUAUUCAUAUGAUUAUGUCAGACAUACCAAUUAACUUGUAAGAAACUAAUUGUAAUCAUGUUUCCAUUUUACCUUUUGAUGUUUCCCACAUGCCUGUCCGCUGACUGAAGAUGAAAUGUCCUUUCUGAUUAGAAUCUACCUCUGAUUCUCAAAAUACGAGAAAGGGACCGCACAGUCUGUUCCUUUAACUCUAGUCAUUGAAAAACUGAUUGUCUCUUUCUCACUGAAAUUAGCAUCAUCAAUGACAGACUUUUUGCCUUACCUCAUCCUGGAUGAAAUAGAAAUGCUUGGAAUUGAGGAAUUACACUCUGUGAUUUAUACUAUAAAUUAUUCUAUUAUUGAUAAAAAUAAAUGUGUAUGUGGACAGA